AUUUUUUAUUUUUUUGCUUGUUUUAAGCACACAUUUACUUAAAGUUUAUAUUUUUUGUCUAAACUAUACUUAUUUUGCUAGGUCAUUUAGCAAAUCAAGAAAAUACAUCUUUAUUUAAGUUUUUUUUUUUUUUGAUAUUUUUACUGAAAACAAGACAAAAAUACUAAGUCAUUUUUUGCAGUGUGACUCCAUUAAAUGUUCUUGUGAUAAAGAAUGUGUGUGUGUGCGUGUGAUGUAGAUUAAACAUGAACGGGCCAAAACGGACAUGGCAGCAGGUCAAAAUCAAAUACAAGAACAUUCUGCAGAAUGCAGUGAAAAAGAAUACCCACAGACAAGGCACGGGUGGUGGGUCACCAAAGGCUGACCUUACCCCAGCAAAGGACAUGGCCUUGCAGCUAAAUAAAGGCAGGCCCGUCUUAGAGGGGAUCCCUGGGGGGAAAGAGACGAGCAUAGGUUCCUCCCAAGAUGCCACCCGCUUCAUUCAAGGGUCUGGCAGCACUGUGUUCCUGUUAGAGCCACCAGCACAAGCACCAGACGAUGCUGAUCCAGGUGAAGGCCCCAGUGCAGCAGCAACAGCACAUGAUGGAGACGAUGAUGAGGAGGAGACCAUCUCUCUGGAUUCCGGAAGGCAUGAGGACCCAGAUGCUAUACAGUGGGAAAACCAGCCUGGCAACAUAAGCUCACAAGCUAUCAGAAAGUUGUAUGGCAACCACCUCCGGCGCCAAAUAGAACUGGCAGACAUAGACAUUCAGUACAAGAAGAAAAAGAUUGAAAAUCUUGCACUGGAGUCCGAAAUAAAAAAGAGGACAAUUAGGAAACUGGACCUUGAAAUAAAAAAACUUGAGAGGGAGGUGAGAUAUGCCUUCAAUGUACACUGUAUGCUAACUGUAACACAAAUGUAUUAAUCAUUAUUUUUCUUUCCUCCCCCAGCUCCAAGAAGAUGACACAGCUCAAAAUAAGAAUUAGGUAUAUUCUCGUAAAGUCAAGUGAGCCAUGACAUAUGAGCUCUUAUUGUGAGCACACAGGACGGUGGCAUCUUUAUAAGGUUUUUUUUAUUUUCCCAGCAAUCAGUACAACCAAGUCAUCGUUAUAAGGC